CCGCGAGAUUUGUAGUGUCCCGAACCCGGAGUGAGUGAGCAGUCCCAGUGGAGAGCUGCUGGAUUUCAGAGACCAGGACCAGGACCAGAACCAGAGCGGAAUGGAGGAGGAGCAGCAGAAGCCGGAGCAGCGGAGCAACAAGGUCCCCAGAAGAGCAGCAGCAGGCUCGGCCUCUGAUAGCAGCGGUGUUCAGAAACAGAGAGGAAGAGGGGGACUCCAACAUCACAGCUGUCCGUACUGUGGCAAGUCCUUCACAAGACCUGAACAUUUAAAGAUUCAUCAGAGAGUUCACACUGGGGAGAAACCAUACAGCUGUGAGCACUGUUGCAAGACCUUCGCAACAUCUGGAAGUUUAAAGAUUCAUCAGAGAGUUCACACUGGAGAGAGACCAUACAGCUGUGGACAAUGUGGGGCAGCUUUCAAACAGUGCGGUGUGCUCAAAAGUCAUCAACUCAUUCACACUGGAGAUAAACCAUACAGCUGUGAACAAUGUGGGAAAACUUUUUCUCGUGGUGAUGCCCUUAAAGUCCACCAACUCAUUCACACUGGAGAUAAACCGUACAACUGUGACCAAUGCGUAACAGCAUUCACAACGUUGGGUAAACUUAAAGUCCACCAACGCAUUCACACUGGAGAGAAGCCAUACAGCUGUGAACAAUGUGGAGCAGCUUUCAGACAGGUACAAGGCUUAAAAUGCCACCGACGUGUUCACACUGGAGAGAAGCCAUUCUGGUGUGAACUAUGUGGAAAAACCUUUUCUGAGAAUGGUAACCUUAAAGUCCACCAACGCAUUCACACUGGAGAAAAGCCGUUCUGGUGUGAACUAUGUGGGAAAACUUUUUCUGAGAGUGGUAACCUUAAAGUCCACCGACGUGUUCACACUGGAGAAAAGCCGUUCUGGUGUGAACAAUGCGGGAAAACGUUUUCUGAGAGCGGUAACCUUAAAGUCCACCAACGCAUUCACACUGCCUCCUCUUGAACAUGUUCUAAAGCCAAGCUGUUGUUAGAGUGGAGAGAGGGAACAGAUAGCGUGAGUCAAGACGCUGUUUACUACCCAGAUAAGAAAAGAGAGCAGUCAGAGCCCAAAGUAGCCGAGGUCCAGGACCACCGCAGGCACUAACCUGCUUGAUAAAUAUGGAAGAAGAACAAAGUGGGGAAUAUGUCAGAGCACAUAACAUUGGGUAAAAGAGCAUGUAAAGAUGACAAGUGAAAAUCAGUGCAGUGAAGAACACGAUGAGUGUAACAUAACAGCUGUUUUCAAGGAAUCAGAUUAUAAGAUAUUCAUGGUUGAAGCUUGUAGAAGAAAAUUAUUUACAGUUUUAGUCUCAUUUUAUCCUAAUAUCCUCUUUCUCUUCACUGAUUAAGUUGAUCAUAUUUGAUCUUGUGUGGUGUAACUGAAUGUUAUUAACAAUAUACAUCAAGAGAUGGAAUAGUUUUUGGAUAUAUGACUGUUAUUGUUUAUAUUUUACUUUAUUACUUCAUGUAUUCAUGUGUUUACUUGAAGAAUAUUGUGAAUUGGGUUUAUUUUUUUAUUUUUAUUUAGUUGAAGCUGGUCAUGUUGGUUCAUACGUGUGAAGAGUAGUAAUGUAGACUCACUGUAAUCUGAACACUUGAUAUUACCCCACAAACUAUGAAUAAAUACUUUCUGACAAACUAUACUAUGAC